AGCCCCCCCCCCCCCCCGCCCCCGCCCCGACUCCCCGGUGCCGGCCGGCGCGGAGCAGCGCGGGGUGCGGGCCGAGCGCGGCGGCCCCAUGCCGCCCGGCGGGCCGGGGCCAGCCCCGGGGGCGCCCCCCGGUGAGACCCCCCGGAGCCCCUGCCGCUUUCCCCCGGGCCGUGCCCGCAGGAGGAGCCGCGCUCUCCGCCCCAGGAGGAUCGCUGUGAGCCUCCUUGCAGGCAGGUGAUCCGUCUGCCAUUUCUGGUUACCCUUCUUCCCACCUCCCCCGCCUUUCUUCCCCCCCCGGCUGGACAACUCCCUCCUUUGGAGAACACGCCCAAGUAGCUGAAGAAGAGAGAAAGGGAGGAAAAAAAAAAAAAGGAAAAAAAAAAAACAACCAACAAACGGGGGAGAGAGAGGGAGAUAGCGAACAUUGAACCUGGGGGGAGCGCCCGGAGCCUCUGGCGCUCAGGAGGAUCCCGCAGCCCAUACAUUGCCGGCAAUAAAGCGCUACGUGUGACAGGCAUACAAAUCCGGGAUAGAGGGAAAAGAGAGCGAGAGGGGCAGACGGACAGCCAGAGCGGAGAGCCCCGGGAGAGGGACAUGGUGAGUGCCUGCGGGGGCUCGCCAGCGCGCAGCGGCGGGCGGCGCGGGGCGCGGCGGGGGCUGCCCCUCUCGGCCGCGCUGCCGUGACCCGCGGCUGCUCCGCCAGAAACGGCCCCGGGCCGGGAGCGUGGCAGGCAUCGUUUCGCACGUUGGGCUGAGACACGGCAAGCCAGGAAUAUGAACAGGAAAACAAGGCGCUGGAUCUUCCACAUCUUCCUGAGCCUGGGGAUCGUGUAUAUCAAGAUCGGGGGUUUUUCCUCUGUGGUGGCCCUGGGAGCCAGCAUCAUCUGCAACAAGAUCCCGGGUCUCGCCCCCCGGCAGCGGGCGAUCUGCCAGAGCAGGCCCGACGCUAUUAUCGUCAUCGGGGAAGGGUCCCAGAUGGGCAUCAACGAGUGCCAGUUCCAGUUUCGCAACGGGCGCUGGAACUGCUCAGCCCUGGGAGAGAGGACCGUCUUCGGGAAGGAGCUGAAAGUGGGUAGCAGAGAAGCAGCGUUCACAUAUGCCAUCAUUGCUGCUGGAGUAGCACAUGCAAUUACAGCUGCCUGUACACAGGGCAACCUGAGUGACUGUGGUUGUGACAAAGAAAAACAAGGACAGUACCAUAAAGAGGAAGGAUGGAAAUGGGGAGGCUGCUCUGCUGACAUCAGAUACGGAAUAGGAUUCGCCAAAGUGUUUGUGGAUGCCCGGGAGAUUAAGCAAAAUGCAAGGACGCUCAUGAACCUGCACAACAACGAGGCCGGGCGGAAGAUUCUGGAAGAAAACAUGAAGUUAGAGUGCAAGUGCCAUGGGGUGUCGGGAUCCUGUACCACUAAAACGUGCUGGACAACUCUGCCUAAAUUCCGGGAGCUGGGCUACAUCCUUAAGGACAAAUACAACGAAGCUGUUCAAGUCGAACCAGUGAGAGCAAGUCGUAACAAGCGUCCAACCUUUCUCAAAAUAAAGAAGCCACUUUCCUAUCGCAAACCCAUGGAUACAGAUUUAGUGUACAUAGAAAAAUCUCCCAAUUAUUGUGAAGAAGACCCUGUCACUGGCAGUGUGGGAACGCAGGGAAGGAUGUGCAACAAGACAGCCCAGCAGUCUAAUGGCUGCGAUCUGAUGUGCUGUGGUCGAGGUUACAAUACGCACCAGUACUCAAGAGUGUGGCAGUGCAACUGCAAAUUUCAUUGGUGCUGCUAUGUUAAAUGCAACACAUGCAGUGAAAGAACAGAAGUAUAUACCUGUAAGUGAGUACGUGGCUGGGCAGGCUGACAUGUCCCUGGCCAUGAAUACAUUUGCACAUGCACUCAAUGUACCUACACAAGACUGUAGGAAAGACCUGCUCUCCCAGAAGAAAUGCUGAUGAAUGGAGCCCUCUCUUUUCUUCUCAUGUUUCAUUGCUUAUGUGGAUACACAUUUCAGACUCUUACGAAAGUCAGCCAAGAAACAAAAACAAACAAACCCCACCCCGAGCCACCUGACACACAAAACAGAGAGAAAAAGAUCAUCUCAGUUAAUCUGCACCUCUAAAGCAAGAAGCAUUGACUGCCUUGUGAAGAGACACCGGUCAGAGAAAAAUCUCUGAGCGUGGCAACUAACUUUUGGUUUGGAAAAAAGAUGGUCAAAAAACUUCAGUGUAUAAGGAGCAGGGAGGGGUAGGGGAGAAAUCCUCAAAAAAGGGCUCUGCACAGGAUGGGAUGGACAGUGCCCCAUCGUGAAUUGCCCAUGUGAGUGUGUGGAUGACACAGAUUUAGGCUUCCACACUUGCGAAAAGCUUCUGCUGGUCUUGCCCGUCUUUCCACUUCAUACCAUUUGCUACAGCGAGUAGAACUGUUGACAUUUUCUGUAGACACUGCUUUAUCUGCCUUUUUCGUGUGUGUGUGCUGCAGAUUUUAGCACAGGGAUUUGGGACACUUGGGCAUAAUAAUAGCAAUAUUUAACAAUUUAUUCAGAUAAAACUAAUAUUAAUUUAUUUAAUUAAAAAGAACUCUGCCAACGUUUUUGGAACUAUUCUGCAAUUAAAGUAGAUAGCUGGCUUUCUUUGUGGAAUAAUUUUUUAGAAACAGCAAGGAAAAAUGGAGCUGUAUAUAUUAUUCUUAACUAGGAUAUUUCUAUUAGUUGGACUUGCAGGAUAUGUUCUACAAUACUAGAUGUUUAAGUACAAAAGCUGGCAUCUUUAUAUAUAUGUACAUACACAGACACACACUGUUGUUUUUGGGGUUUUUUUGUUCGUUUGUUUGUUUUCUCCUGUUUGCUGCUAGUUGUCUGGAACAAAAGUCAAGUGGUAGGGGUUACAAAUCUUUACCAGUUUUGGUGGUGUUUUGUUUUUUUUUUUUUCAAUUAAAGAAAGAAGCAUUAAUAAAAUCCUGUUUGGAAUAUGUCUAAAAAUAAGAAAAUCCAGACAAACUUCCUUCUUUUGGAAAAAUCAACCAUAGGAUAAAAGAGUAUAUUUUGUAAGAGACUAUUUUUAUAUAAAUAUUUUAUUUAUACUACGUCUGCUUGUUCAACCUGUACUUUUUCUCAAAACAGGCAUACAAUUUGUAAUUCGUACGCUAUUUAACAGAGAAAGGGUAAUUAGUUUGUGGACACAACAGCAGCAAGCUGGAUACAUUCAGCUGCAAUUGGUGGAUGUGUCAGAAAGCAGAAUGAACUUUCUCUCCGGAUGUGUGUACAAACUGGCUCUUUUCCUGCAGCUCAAUUUGCAGAAUAUGCAAAACAAGAACAGGGUAUGUAGCAUCAAUUUUGUCACAUGGCUUGAAUUCAUGAUUGGUAUUAACUGGAUGCUCAUUUAUCCCAUUCAAGAAAAAAAAAUCUGAAUUAGCUUCCCACAUGCAUCAGUCAUUAAACUGUGGCGUUAUGACUAGCAAAUGUGCUGUGUAUGCUGUCAGUUAAACCUCUAUAUUGUGUUACUGUCAAAUUUGAUUUUAAUCAGUGGAAGACUGUAGACUAUGACUGUAAAAACUAGCAUGACACACAUCGUCUGAUUCUCAUAGAUAGGAUACAAAGCUUACUUUUUGUCCAACUCUUUUUGGCAUUUACAUUAUUCUUUGCCCCCAGCAGGCCAGAGCUCAAAAAUCCAGAAAAACUUCUAGGCAAAUUUAAAUACUACUCACUUGUUUUUCAGAGCCCAGCUAAGGCAUUUUGCGUUCCCUUUAUGGUAUUUCCUUUUUAUCACUGCUAAUUUCUUCAGAUAUUUGAGUGGUAAAUAUUUCUCUGUUGUUAGAAUCAUUCUGCUCCUCCUGCUUGACUCAUUUAUGACUGAUAAAAAAAUAAUCUAAUUUUAAUGUUGUUUUUCAUUGGGUAAGAAAAAUGGCCCAGCGCUACUGAUGAUACUGCAUGUUUUCUGUCUGGGACAGACCAGAAUCUUCCCUGCUUCCAGGCUACAGGAUCUCACGCCUUUAGUGAGGCUAAGAGGGGCAUCGCUAAAGGAAAGAAACCACCAUCCAGCAUGCAGUGCAUUUCACUGACUCCUGUCGAUAACAGCAAGCAUUACAAGGAGCAGAUGAUACAUCUUGUGUCCAUUGAUCUUUCUGAGGCAAUGCUCCCACCUAAGACUGCGAAAACAGGGAAAGUUUUCUGAGAAAGUAAACAGAAGUAUCACAAAAGAUAUUGCAAAGUUUCACUAUAACAACCUAACCUUUUAGAACUUGUCUGAAUGUGGCAUGGUGGUUUUUUUUAACUCACUUCUUGUAUAUAUGUUAUUUAUGUAAGAACACAAGCCCAUGCAGUACCUGAUCCUAGCAAUGUAUAAUUAGGGUUAAAUAUACAGUUUCUUUGCAGACCUGCCACUUAACACAAAAUAGAAUUUUUAUGCAAUUCAGACACCAGCAUGGGAUAUCAAAAUAAAAUGAUUAACGUAAUUUACUUUCAAACUUAUGACUUGUCAAUAUAAAGCAAUAUAAAAGCAAUUUUUGGGGGUAAUUGAGUCACUGCUUUUAGUUCUUCUAAAUUCUGCGCAUCAAGAGUUGAUAAGACAUAAAAUGCAAUGAAGUACAUACAGUAUGGAUGUUAAUUACAACACUAUAUUAUGGUUAAAUAAUUCAGAUCUAACAUUUAAUAUUGGAAUUCCCCCCCCAGUUUGUACUGGAUUUUUACUUAGUGGAUACCAUAUAAUAGUCAAAAGUGUGUUUUCUUCACUGAUUAGAAUUAUUUUUAAAAUUAUUACUUUUGCAGCAUGUUUUUACCAUAGAAAAGUAAUCUGUGAAACUCCUGCUUCCUGUAUAUUUCAGUAUGCAGUGAUGUGCAAUGUACAGCUAGCAGAUUAAUUAUUGAAGGACAAAUAUCUUUAAACAGUUUUACUCACAAUAAUAAAGAACUGGAUGCACAAUGAAA